AAAUAUUUGAGAAAAAAUAAUUGGAGAGGACUGUUGAGAGAGUUGAGACAGCUGGAGACAGGCUGGAGGAAGCAUAUGAUUUGGAACAGAGGGCAGACAGGCAGGCAGCAGCCUAGAUCCAUCAUCUCCACUCUCAUCUGUACUUGGAGUGGAUAACUUCAGUCGGAGUGAUAAUGAAUGUUCAAUAAUUGUCUGGUAUUAGUCAGUUAAUUGUGCGUGGGACAUCAGAGGCAUGCUAUCAGAGAGAGAGCAUGCGUGGAAUCUGUAUUUCGGGUGAUGCCCCUGACGAGAUUUGUUGCCGAUGCAUUCAGUGUGGUCACAAUCUGUUUAGUAGCCAUAUUGCUUCUUCUCGGCCUCUUGUGCAUUGCAUACUCAUUUUAUUUUCGCUCUCGUAUUCAUCAUCGGGGUUUUGUUCAGCUCAGUUAUUUUAGUGGUCCUUGGAUUAUCAGAAUUGCAUUCAUCCUAUUUGCAAUCUGGUGGGGUCUUGGUGAGAUUAUUCGUCUAAGUUUUUUAAGACGCACCCUUCACUUGAAAUGGCAGGAAUCCAUCUGCAAAUGUUACAUUGUAUCAAAUCUGGGCUUUGCAGAACCCUGCCUCUUCCUCACACUUGUGUUUCUCCUCCGUGCCCCCUUACAAAAGUUGGAGACUGGAAUUAUGAACACAAAAUGGAACAGGAAGACAGCUGGUUACAUUUUGCUUUACUGCUUCCCAGUUUUUGUACUUCAACUUUUUGUUAUUUUGAUUGGACCUCAGUUAAACAAGAAUAAGGGUUACGGGAAAAAGUUGCCUCAUUAUUUUACAAGUAUAAGCUUUACAAAGGAGCAUGACAUUGCCCUCUGUACUUACCCUUUACUCAGCACUCUUCUCCUUGGCCUUUUUUCCAUUAUCCUCACCUCUUACCUUUUUUGCCUUGGGAGUCGGAUUCUGAAAUUAGUUAUUAAUAAGGGUUUGCAGAAGAGGGUUUACACAUUGAUACUCUCAGUUUCAGGUUUCCUUCCAUUAAGGGUUCUUUUCCUUGGCUUAUCCGUUUUAUCUGGACCUGAACAUUUUAUGUUUGAAGCCUUUGCUUUCUUGGCCUUUCUUGCCCUUGUGUGUUGUGCUGGGGUGUGCAUGUGCAUGCUUGUGUACCGUCCAGUUGCAGAUUGUUUAGAGCUGGGAAAUCCACAAGAGUUAGAAGCUUGGAGAUUCAAUGUUAAUUAUGAUGAUACCAUGUCUCUUAUUGCUGCUAAUUACCAAGAAGACAAUGCAUCAAAACAUGGAUUUCGGACAUUGGAAAGGGAUGGUACAUUUGUUGAACUAAGCCUCUUCUCUCCCAGUCUGACCUAUGCAAUCCCCAACCCAUCACCACCCACUACAAAUUGAAUAUCAAAUUUUGUGGGAAAGGAAACCCAGUGUAUUAUAGGCUAUUCAAUAAGCCUUUUGUUUUUGUUUUUGUCUUUUAAUUUUAAGCAUUUUUUACUUUGGAAUUCUUAGUAACUUUUUUUUUCUUUUAUGUACCAUGUCUACAAUUUUCUUU